AUCACCUGUGGUGCGGUCAGAAGGCUGGCCACAACAGCAGAGAAAAAGUUGUACUUACCGAUGGCUGUCAUCGCUUUUUCUGACAGAUGUUUUUACGUGCUCUGUUACGUGAGUUUUGUCUUAUCCGAACAGAUUUCAGCGAUUAAGCCUUUCCUUGAGCCAUCUAUGGGCUCGAUCUUAUUUCGAUAAUCGAAGAGCGUUGAGCGAAGCGUGCUCGUUUAAGUUCAAAGGGUGCGUCAUCGGAAUUCCAAGGAUCACGAUCGCUUGAAAAGAUCGUGUGUAAAAGAGAGGCGAGGGAAUAAAGGAGAGAAAAAAAAAAAGUAGAAGUGCAAAGGAAAAAUCACGUGAAAUAGAGAGAGAGACUGAAAACAAAGGGCAUGGCGAAGACAUAUGAUUAUUUGUUCAAGUUGUUGCUGAUUGGUGACUCAGGGGUCGGCAAGACGUGCGUCCUCUUCAGGUUCUCUGAGGAUGCUUUCAAUACGACCUUCAUCUCGACCAUUGGAAUUGAUUUUAAAAUAAGAACAAUAGAAUUAGAUGGCAAGAAAAUAAAACUACAAAUAUGGGAUACGGCAGGACAAGAAAGGUUUCGUACAAUAACCACAGCAUAUUAUCGUGGUGCAAUGGGUAUAAUGUUAGUUUAUGAUGUAACCAAUGAAAAGAGCUUCGAGAAUAUAAAGAAUUGGAUCAGAAACAUCGAAGAAAAUGCUUCGGCAGAUGUUGAGAAAAUGCUGUUAGGUAAUAAGUGCGAGCUCACAGAAAAACGACAGGUCUCAAAGGAACGAGGAGAACAACUUGCUGUUGAAUAUGGAAUCAAAUUCAUGGAAACUUCUGCUAAAUCUAGUAUCAAUGUCGAGGAGGCAUUUUAUACUCUCGCAAGAGACAUUAAGGCCAAAAUGGAAAAGAAACUGAAGGAGGCGUCGAAUCCACCCAAGGGAGGAGGACAUCAAUUGAAAGCAUCCGAACCACAGAGGAAGCCACCAAGUUGGCUUGCACGAUGCUCUAUACUCUGACCCCUCAGUCAGAAUAACCUCGACCGUCACCCUCUACUCUACUUUACCCUCGGUCUCCUUGGCUCGCUUCAUGUCGCGAGCACUUCUGUGAUUUUACUCCUUGACGGCCACCUUCGUUUCCCUUCGUCGCUGCCGGUCACUCUUUUUUACUGAUUAUUAUUCAUAGGAACUCUUUUUAUCUUGGAGGAGAAACUCUCUUUCUCUUUCCUCUCUUAAAAGACAUUUAAGAGUUCUUGAAGGAAACGAUUACGAAUUGUGAUAAUUUUUGAUAAUUUUUUAACAAUUUUCGAGCAAUUUCAAGAAGCCGCCUCGAAGAUAUAAUACAUACAUCAUCGUAAAGUCGUUUCCUUACAAGUUUCAUGUUGAAGUACCGGAGUGCAAUGUACUGAGCUGUUUUAUUUUUAGAACGCUUAUGUUAUACAAGUCGAAGGAGGUGAUUUUAAUUAUCUUUCCUUUCGUUUCUUUCUUUUCUUCACGAUCAAUGAGCAAUUUAGGAUAUUUAAAUCAUUGACGUUGAAUAAUUUCUUCAUAUACAAUCUACUGAGAAUUGUACGUCUGUAAUAAAUGUACAAUUCUUAUUCGCUUAGUGAAACGUUAUUAUAUUGUAGUCUUUGCUGUAUUAUUAUUUCGUUCAUCAAAUAAACAAAGCAAGAAUGAAGUAAUAAUUAUUGACUUAACAGUUGAAUAUUUACGGAAGCAAUAAAUUAUUCAAGCAUUUCUCUGCAUGAGUUACAUAUAUUUCAAUUCUGCUUGCUUUCAUUUGCACAAUUGUUUAAUAGUGUAUUCGAAAGGAAGAUCCUAGAGAUUCAUCUAUGUCUUAGAAAUUCAUUUUUUGUUAUGUACGUUAAAUUAUGCAUGUAAAAAGGAACAGCAAAUUAGGAUAUGCAUAAUUUUAUUUAUUCUGUGUUUUUAUGUCACGUAUGAAGUUUCUCCUCCAUGUUUCAAUUAAUCAAGGGGUAAUGAUCGAUUUUUAACACGAGUUUACAUUUACUUUAUUUAAACACACAAAUGGAAAGCGGAAAGAAGAAGAAGUUUCUCUCCUUGAGAAGUUUCUCCUUUUUUUCUAGUAUUUCAAAUGUAUUUGUUUAGAAAAAAAAAGAAGGGGGUUGCGGAUAGGUAAACAAUGGGCGGUCAUUUUUUAUAUAUAAAUAUAUAAAUAUAUAUAUAUAUAUAUAUACACACAUCGUCAAGUUAGCUUUUUCACCGGAUCGAAGAGAAAUUCUUCAUUAAUUAAUUCAUUAAUUAAUUAGCGCAAAUUCAGGACUUGAAGAAAAGACUCUUUCAAAUUUUGUCUCAAACUUCUUUUUCUUUUUAUCGUUGAAGUAAUUAAAACAAAAAUAAAACUGGAAAAAGAUGAAACACGGACACUUCGUCUUCGUUUGAAACGCUUGUUGUAAUAGUUUCUUUUUUUUUUUUAUA